AUGCGUCUGUUCAUCCUGGGCCCCCCAGGCAGCGGCAAAACGUCCAUCAGCACGGUACUGAAGGAGCACUACGGUGUGUGUCACGUCUCUCCCAGCGACGCGGUGUCGCACGCAGUGGAAUACGGCGGGUCGGCGUUCGGUGAGAAGCUGCGUCUCCUCCUUGAGGAGGGGAAACCCGUUCCAGACUGGAUGCUGGCACAUGCUGUUGCAGAGGCCACACGUGGCCCGGACUGUAGCAAUGGGUUCCUUCUUGAUGGCUUUCCCAAGACGGCUGAACAGGCGCGGCUGUUAGCUGACGAGGGGGUCAAACCUGAUGCUAUUGUGCUGCUUAGUUUUGCUGAUCGCCUAUUAAUUGAACGUUUUUCUGGGCGCUGGGUGCACCCUGCCUCUGGUCGUAUGUACCACACACUGUACGACCCUCCGAAUGUAAAGGGGCGAGACGAUGUCACUGGACAGCCGCUGGUGCAGCGUGCAGCGGACACCGAGGAGGCUGUGCGGCAGCGACUCGCAACGUUUCACCGCAGCUUGAACGCCCUUCGGUGUGUAUAUGCGGAUGAGCGGUUAUGGCAUACCGUGGAUGGUUGCGCAGCGGUAGAUACUGUGCAUAGCUCCAUAUGCCACGAGUUGGAGCCUGUCUUUGUCUCGAGGCAGCGUCGGUGGUGGUCGAGUUUGUUUUCCUGGCGUAGAUGA